AACGCCCAGGGUGGGGGAAGGCGCUUGUCAACAGCCGCCAGCCAGAGCAGCCGGGGGAGAGAAGGGGGAAGACCAUCGGAGACUUCCAGCCAGGCCAUGCUCAAUUUUGGAGCUUCUCCUUUCCAGCUGGCCGAGGAAGGCAUGGAGCAGCACAUUAAAAAGUGUUCUUGGAAUAAUACCACUGAAAAAAGUGAUUUUGAAGCUGUGGAAGCUCUGAUAUCCAUGAGCUGUAGUUGGAAAUCGGACUUCAAGAAGUAUGUUGAAUUGAGACCAAUAACACCAGCAUCAGAUAUAUCUGAAGAAUUCGAGGAAAACCUGCCACCUUCCACUGACUUUCAUGCAAUACCAGCCAUUUGUUUGACUCCACCCUGCAGCCCUUCUGACCUUGAAAUGUCUCACGCAAUCCAUCCAGCAGCACCAGCACCAUCUUUUGUACAGAGGAAGACAGUUACCAACAUGUCUGGUCAAGUUUCUCCCUCGAUUCUUAGAGAGACUAAAAAGGACCCAGGAUCCAGAGUGCUUAAAGCUCAAGCAACAAGUGUCAUUCGCCACACUGCAGAUGCCCAGCUUUGUAAUCAUACAACCUGUCCAGCAAGAACAGCCAGUGUUCUGGACUAUCAGGAUGAUAAUGCAAAGGAGGCAAGUCGACAGGACACUGCAACACCAAGAGAAGACCCAUCUUGUGAAAACAUGUCACUUCCUGAAAAUGACAAGCCUUCUGGUUUGCAAGAUAAGAGAUGUCCAAUGCUAAGUGUUAACCCGGUGCAAUUUGCACGGACUGAACUUAGCAGUACUCUGCCAAUCCAUGGCUCAGCACAGCAGUCUGCGCUGGUAGUUCCAACUUCUCCAGUGCAAGCUGGAGGAGUCUCUUCUAUGCCGUUAGUUUGCCAUAUGGUUCCACUGCCUGCUAACAACUCUCUUGUGACAACGGUACUACCCAGCACCCCUUGUAGCCCGGUGCCAUCAAACCUUUGUCAGCCUAUGGUGUUCAUGGGAACCCAGGUUCCCAAAGGAGCUGUUAUGUUCGUUGUGCCACAAACUGUUGUCCAGAAUCCAAAGGCUCCUAUGAUCAGUCCUAAUGGCACCAGACUUUCCCCCAUUGCUCCUGCUCCAGGUUUUACUCCUGUUGCAACAAAGAUCACUCCAUCCAUUGAUUCUCUGAGAAUAAGAAGUCAUGUUUGUAACUAUCCUGGAUGUGGAAAAACGUAUUUUAAGAGUUCUCAUUUGAAAGCCCAUGUGAGAACGCACACAGGAGAGAAGCCAUUCAGUUGUAGUUGGAAAGGCUGUGAGAGGAGGUUUGCGCGUUCUGAUGAACUGUCUCGCCAUCGUAGAACGCACACAGGGGAGAAGAAAUUUGCUUGCCCUAUCUGCAAUCGACGAUUUAUGAGGAGCGACCACUUAACAAAACAUGCACGUCGCCACUUAUCAGCCAAGAAGUUACCAAACUGGCAAAUGGAAGUGAGCAAGCUAAAUGAUAUUGUUGUACCACCUACUACGGCGCCUGCACAGUGAAGUAUUAUUAUCUGAAGAUACUGUCAACUAACUGUUGUUACAGUGAUUGGAGUGCCAGCGGUGAUGUCAGAACAGCUUCCAGAAUAAGUCUGUGGUUCUACUGUGUUAGCCUUUGAUGGCUAUUAGAACAGACAGCAGUCAUGGCUCUGAUGUAGUCCUGGAAAAAAAGUCACAUGGGACAGUAGGUUUCUCUUAUCCUUGGGGAAAAGAGAAAUGGAAGUGUCAAGCAAGAGUGAUGCUUUAAACACAGGAAAACUACUUGUAUGCGCUACCAAUCCACCAGGUAUAAGCCAGAGCAACACGUGUUAAGUAGUAAUAAUACACAGAGAGGAAUAUUGGUCUGGUACAGGACCAGAUAACGUUGUUAUACCAAAGUGCUGUAACUUCAUUUUAGAUGAGAGAGAAUAUUUGAUUUAUUCUCCUUUACUUAAAAAGUGGUGGAACUCUGGUUAUCAGAAAUGCAUUGUGGUUAGGCUUGUUUCUCUUCAUUUAGUAUAGCUAAUUAUACCAAUUUAAAACAUGAAGCAAAGAAUUAAUUGAGGACGAGUCGCAUGGGUGGGGGAUUUUAAAACACCCGAAGUCAAUCAGUUUCUUAAUGUUAUCAUGCAAGUUGAAUAGUAUUUCUGCUAUUCCUUUUGAAAACAUCAUGAUUAGUACUGUAAGGUGUACUUCUGCAUCUUCUAGUGCAUCUGCUUGUACGUUGCUUAUGGUUUCAUUUAUACCAUGAUGUUCUAUACCAUUGAAUUUUUGAAAUCCUGAUACAGUGCACUUUGUUUAAAAUGUAAUCUUAGGAGCAAACUGAGGUUCUCUUUGGGAGGAAGGACAAGAGUAGUAUGCUACGCUACUUUCUGAAAACAUUACUUUGGAAGAUAUACAUCUGUUUUAAGCUAAGUGGCCUUUAUACGUUGAAGGUAUGAUGCUGUGUUAAAUCAGAAAAUGAGGGGUUAUGCAUGAAGCAAAGGUUGUCAAAGACACCAAAUUAGUACACCAUGAUUAUUAAACCAUUUUUUCUUGGUGGUAUUUCUAUUCCCUCUUCUACACUACUGGUGAAGAAUAAACUGCUGGAGAGUGGUGUAAUAUCUAUUUUGUGACUACUUUAAAAUUUUGCACAAUAUUUCUUAUAUUGUACUUUAUACCUUGUUUACAAUAAAGAUCCAGUUUUGUUUAAUACAGAUA